CGAAAUGACUGACCGGUAUGGAUGGAGGUUUGUACAGCAAGGGCCGCGUCCUCGGUUUCGAACGUGCCAAGCGUACCCAAAACCCCAAUGUCUCGCUCAUCAAGCUCGAAGGUGUCCAGACCACCAAGGAUGCUCAAUUUUACCUCGGCAAGCGUGUCGCCUAUGUGUACCGUGCUAAGCGCGAAAUCAACGGCUCGAAGCUUCGUGUGAUUUGGGGUCGCAUUGCUCGUACCCACGGUACCAGCGGUGCUGUCAAGGCUCGUUUCCGCAAGAACUUGCCUGCCAAGACCAUGGGCGCUGCCGUCCGUGUCAUGCUUUACCCCUCCAACAUUUAAGCAUUGUCACAAACAAACGCAGCAACCCAAAAAAAAAACCACACCAACGCAUACACAUUCA